AUGGCGCAACCUACCGGAAAUCCUCUACUGUCCUCCAAACCCUCCGAUAGUGGCCUGUCCGUCUCUCUGCAUCCACUUGUCCUCCUCUCAGUGUCGGACCAAGUCACAAGGCAUUCAGUACGGAAGCAGUCAGGGCCUGUUGCGGGUGCAUUACUUGGUCAGCAGACUGGGCGCGAGAUCACGGCAGAGCAUGCCUUUCCAGUAGCCUUGGUCAAGAGUCCAGAGGGUCAUUGGCGCUUCAAUGCAGAAUGGAUGGAGACGAGGAUACAACAGUACAAGGACGUCCAUAAAUCUCCUGCACUCGAAUUUGUUGGCUGGUACACACUCUGUCCCCCGGACGGGCCUCUACCCGAACUCAUUCCUCUGCAACACCAAGCAAUCACAUUUUACAACGACAGCGCCAUUCUCCUCGCCCUACAUCCGGAACUCGUCAAAGCCCCUUACGGCGCCACUGGCAGACUGCCAAUCACCAUAUUUGAGAGUGUGGUCGAUGUCGAACAACCAAAGGAUGAUGAAUCAAUGCAAGUUGACGGAGAAGAGUCCUCGGCGAUCAAGUUCAGACAGUUACCAUAUACGAUCGACACCGAUGAAACAGAGAUGAUUGCCAUCGACUAUGUGGCCAAGGGCGCAGGCAGUGCUGCGGCGAUGGGUGAAGGGGUUCCCAACGAAUCAACAACUGUACCGAAGACGGCUGAGCAAGUACCUACGGACAAGAAGGGCAAACAACGGGCGGAUUCAACCUCGGAAGUGUCUGGGCAGAAAGAACCAAAUGGUGCCGAGGAGACGAGCAGUUCUCUCACACCUGAAGAAGAGGACCAAAUCGCAAAUAUAACCACCAGGCUCAACAGUGUGAAAAUGCUACAAACCCGGAUAUCCCUCCUGCGCAGCUUCGUCCAGUCGCUUCCACCAUCAUACAUAUCAGAUCAGAACUCCGCGCCAUUGACACCGACCUCCCCAGAACCUUCUCAUCUCCCGCAUCUGCGCAAUAUCCAAGCACUCCUUACUCGCCUUUCACUACUCACUCCCGUAGACUCUGCGUCCUCCAUGCAACCUCUCGCUGCAGCUUCACGGGCGCAAUCCAACGACGUGGCACUGGCGAACAUGCUCUCGCUCAUAGGGCAAGAUAUCCAGGCUCUCAGCGAACUGGGCCGCAAGUUUGCUACAGUGGAAGGGAUCCGUGGCCACAAGGUCAAACAGGGUGGAACGAAAGGUGCCGGUACAGGGGUAGGCGUGGAUGAAGGUGAUGGUCGAUUUGGUGCAGUUGCCCCUGUAGGCGGUGGCAGUGGGAUGAUGGUCUAA